AUGACAAUAAGUUACUUAGAAGCAAUCGAUCAGUAUCAACGGGGGAAUCAAAGCACCACCUACCAUCGAUCAAUCAAGUCAAAAUGCCUACAAAGCAAGCUCAAUGCAAUCAACGGAGAAAGAGAUGUCAAUGUCAAUGUGGAAGAAUUACCUCUGGCAUCUUUGACGCCCUUUGACCUUUUAUCCGUUGCUCUACCUCUCCCUGGCCCAGUGUCUUCGACAGAUUACUGGUGGCGAAAGACUGGACCUAUCAUCAGUGGGCUGCUCUCAAAAGCGAAUUACCCUCUGUACAACCAUUACAAGCAUCUCUUGUUAUACCAUAGCCAUAUUCUUCCACUACUUGGACCUCGCCCGCCACAUCAUAAUGAUACUCACCCAUCUCCUUCAAACGCACCAUGGAGGGCAUUCCUCACAGAUGACUUCACUCCCGUUGAACCGAGCUGGAACAUAAGUGGCAACGAAUCUACCAUCCGACUUGGAGUUGAACCCAUUGGCUUCUCAGCUGGAACUCACACUGACCCUUUCAAUCAAUCUUUGGUUACCGAAUUCAUGAACUCUUUGGUAGCUAGCGAGGCAGAUGCUGAUUUGGAAAUGUUUGAGCACUUCCGGAAGGAUUUCUUCAUUCCAGCGGAGUCGUCUUGCGAGAUACUCGCGAAACUGCCAGAUGGAGAGCACAGCUCACAGAGCUUUUUGGCGUUUGAUUUUGAUAAAGGCCGCGUCACGAGCAAGGCAUAUUUCUUUCCUAUCUUGAAGUCCCUCGCUACUGGACAAGAUACAAUGAGCCUCGUUAGCGAAUCCAUCCUCAGGCUUGCAGAGAAAAGCUCGUGGGGUGCUCAAAUGAUCACUGCAAUCUCUGUGCUAGAGGCAUGGAUGACUACUUGUGAGGGUGCUAGAGCGGAGAUGAUUAGCGUGGAUUGUGUGGGUGCAGAUAAGUCCAGGAUCAAGAUCUAUGUCCGCAUACCUCACACAUCUCUAAAAAAAGUAAAAGAGACAUAUAAUCUUGGCGGUCGACUGAGGGACGAUGUCACCACCGAGGGACUGAAAGUGCUCGACAACUUAUGGAGAACAAUCUUCCAACCAGCCAACGAUGACGAUGAACUUCCUCAAAAUUCACAUCGCACAGCAGGCACUAUCUUCAACUUUGAGCUUCGUCCAGGAAAAUGGUUUCCGGAACCAAAGUUAUAUUUGCCGGUACGACACUACUGUGCCAGUGACCUUCAGAUUGCGAAUCGGCUGCAGAUCUUCUUCGGAAAGAUGGGCUGGAAACGCUUGGAGCAUGAGUAUAGUACUGAUCUUCAGGACUUGUUCCCGCAUCAUCCAUUGUCUCGUGAGACGGGAACACAUACCUACCUAUCGUUUUCAUACAAGAAGCAAAAAGGUGUUUAUAUGACGAUGUACUAUAAUCCUAAAAUCUACACUGUGUAG